AGCUAUCGAACAAAUGUCGCACUUGCAUUCGCAUGUCAUUGUCAAUCAAAGAGAACGGGCCAACAAAACUUUUGGGUUGGUCCUGUAAAUAUUUUUUUCAUAUUUUCUCUCGUUUUUCUCCAAUAAAUAUUUUUCUUUUGUAAAUUUCCUUCAAGAGUUUAUGUCAAUCUGGGUAUCAUAGAAAAUUUUAUAGGAAAAAUGAGUAAAUUAAUGACUUCUGCCACUUCUAUCUUCGUAGGAAAUACAAUUGCGAAAACGACCGCUCCAGUUGUUGUUAAAGCUACUGCAAAUUACAGCACCAAAAAGGAAGCGAAGUUCGAAAUUAAGCCUUAUAAGCUCCACAAGUUGGAUAAAGGCCCAGAGACAUCGGCAACGCUCACUUCAGAAGAUGCUAUCAAAUUGUAUGAACACUUGGCUAUGCUCCGAAGAAUAGAAACUGCGUCAGGAAAUCUUUAUAAGGAAAAGAUCAUUCGUGGUUUCUGUCACUUGUAUUCAGGACAAGAAGCAGUAGCGGUGGGCAUGCGCGCGGCCAUGCGCGACGUGGACUCAGUGAUCACGGCGUACCGCUGUCACGGCUGGACGCAUCUCAUGGGGGUGCCCGUGGUCGGGGUCCUCGCGGAGCUCACUGGACGCAAGUCCGGCUGCUCCAAGGGAAAAGGCGGAUCUAUGCAUUUGUAUGCCAGAAACUUCUAUGGUGGCAACGGUAUUGUCGGCGCUCAGGUGCCAUUAGGCGCAGGCAUAGCCCUAGCGCACAAGUACCUCGGGGACGGGGGCGUGAAUUUCGCGUUGUACGGCGACGGCGCGGCCAACCAGGGUCAGCUGUUCGAGGCCUACAACAUGGCCAAACUCUGGAGCUUGCCGUGCAUCUUUGUGUGUGAGAACAACGGAUAUGGCAUGGGCACGAGCGCGGACCGCGCAGCCGCCAGCACGGAGUACUACACCCGCGGGGACUACAUCCCCGGCGUCUGGGUGGACGGCAUGGACGUGCUGGCCACGCGCGAGGCCGCGCGGUUCGCCAUCGACUACUGCAGCAGCGGCAAAGGGCCGCUGCUGCUGGAGAUGGAGACCUAUCGCUACUCGGGGCACUCGAUGUCGGACCCGGGCACCUCGUACCGCACGCGCGAUGAGGUGCAGGAGGUGCGCCAGACCAGGGACCCCAUCACCUCCUUCAAGGAGAAGAUCAUCAGCAACGAACUCGUCACUGCGGACCAGCUCAAGGAAAUCGACCAGAAAGUUCGCAAAGAAGUGGACGAAGCAACGAAGGAGGCGAAGGCGGACACGGAGCUGAGCCCCGAGGAGCUGGCGGCCGACAUCUACCACGACAACCACGAGCCCCAAAUCCGAGGAAUCCACCCCGACGCGCCACUCCAACACCUCAGCAUCGCCGCCAGAAAUUAGACUCUAUCCCGAGGAUAUAAGGUCUAUUAUUCAAUACCUCUAUGGGUUAUUUACGCAGUUCCUUUGAUUAUUUUUUUUUUUAUUUACCGUUUCUGAGAAUUUAUUUUGUAGUUAAGUUUUUUUAAGCUCAAUUAUAUUUAUUCAUUGGUAUGUCAAUUUUGUUUGAUUGAAUUCAGUGAGAUAAAAUUUUCAACAGCAAUAUAUUUUUGUGAAGAUAAACCUUUGGAUUAUAAGUACUCAAUUCGAAAAUAUUUAUUUUUAAUCAUUUCGAAUGUUAGAAUCGUAUAGGAAAUUAACAAUAGGCGUUAAAUGUAAUGUACAAAUGUUCAUAUACUGUAUGUUGUCAUUGUAAUCAUUCAGUUAGGUAUAAUAUUAUGUAUGUAUAUAUUUAUCAAUUGUUAUCUGAAUGAGAGAGUAACUGCCAAUCGGUCUAGCGAAUCAUGUAAAGGCCCUGACUUCCAUAUCUUGACAUUAUAUGUUAAUUUUCUCUUAUCUAUGGACAACCUGAGUAAUUUAUAAUUUGGAUUAAAUAGUCGUCGAUUUAGAAUUCUACGUUGACAAAUUUCGGUUGUGUUCUUUACCACCAUUUUAAAUAACAAUUAAAAAUAUAAUUAUGUUGGUAUAAAAACUUUUAAAAUCUUCUAUUAAACAGCAACAAUUUAGAGAUUAUCAAGUCAAGGUGUGGACGUCUGGUCGUCAUAUUAUUUAUUUUCUCGCUUAUCAUUAUUAAUUGUAAGGAAAAUUUAAAUUAUUAAAAAAAUUGGAACUUCUAAGCGUGUCUGCUAUUAUCUCACCGCAUCUGUGGAAAAUUUUAAAUUACUUUCAUCUAGCUUUUCGUAUUCGCCCGCGUAAAUUAUCACUAAAUCGAUAUCGGUGAAGACCUUGUGAAUAUCCAUUCAUUCUUAGGUUUAUCGCGAAUAGUCAGUUAAUAUGAGUUUCAUUCCUGUAGUGACAAAUGACGUACAAAAUAUAAACUCAAUAAAUCAAG